AUAAUAACUUCAAGCUCCAAAACAGGGCUGUUUUGGAACCUUUUAUUUGUUUUUUCUUCCAUUCUGCAGAAUGGUGGACAACUAAUCUAGGAAGAAGUCUGAACCCUAAAUAUUGCCCAAAUUUGCAAAGCUAAUAGAGUUAUUUUGAUCUUCUGAUGAUGCACUUGAUGUUGAUAUAGGUUUUGUUACAUUGUUUUGCAAUACAGUUGUCCUUUCUUUUAGUUGUUUGGAAUAAAUUGUAGUGAAUUUUGUAAUUUAAGCAUGUCAAGUAAAUGUACUGAUUAUGCUUAAAUGCUGGUAAUGCACAGUGAUUGGAAACCCCAAGGAAUCUGCACCUCAAGAGGGGAUUAUACAUAUCAGGCACUUUGAGGCAUAAUGAUAGAUAAUAAUUACUAGAUCCAUUUUUUAAUUAAAAUUUUGUUCAGUUACAGGUUUUUGUUUUCCUCUGUUGUUGUAGUACUUGAUGCAUUAUGAUUUACAUUUAUGCUUGAAAUUUUCAAAUGAAAAGGCGAACAGUUUGUCAGUUUCCUGGUCACCAAGGUCCUGUACGAGGUUUGACAGCAUCAACUGAUGGAGGCAUACUAGUCUCAUGUGGAACUGAUUGCACUGUCAGGCUCUGGAAUGUACCUAUUGCCAGUAUUGUGGAUUCAGAUGAUUCAUCUGAAAAUUCUGCAAAGCCACUGGCGGUUUAUGUUUGGAAAAAUGCUUUUUGGGCUGUUGAUCACCAAUGUGAUGGUGAUCUCUUUGCCACUGGUGGUGCACAAGUAGAUAUAUGGAAUCACAAUAGGUCUCAACCGAUGAACAGUUUUGAAUGGGGGACAGACACAUCUAUAUCUGUUCGAUUUAAUCCUGGAGAACCAAAUAUUUUGGCAUCCUCCUCCAGCGAUCGCAGCAUAACAAUAUAUGAUUUACGAAUGUCAUCCCCAGCAAGAAAAGUUAUCAUGAGGACAAAAACCAAUUCUAUUGCUUGGAAUCCAAUGGAGCCAAUAAACUUCACAGCUGCAAAUGAAGAUGGCAAUUGCUAUAGUUAUGAUACUCGAAAACUGGAUGAAGCCAAGUGUGUGCACCGAGGACAUGUUUCUGCUGUGAUGGAUAUUGAUUAUUCACCAACUGGUCGAGAAUUUGUUACUGGAUCUUAUGAUAGAACCAUUAGGAUAUUCCAAUAUAAUGGUGGUCACAGCAGGGAAAUCUACCAUACAAAGAGAAUGCAAAGGAUAUUCUGUGCGUUAUUCAGCUGCGAUGGAAGUUAUAUCAUUUCAGGGAGUGAUGACACUAACCUCAGACUUUGGAAGGCUAAAGCAUCCGAACAAUUGGGAGUUCUUCUUCCGAGGGAAAAGAAGAAACAUGAAUAUAAUGAGGCUCUCAAGAACCGCUACAAGUACCUUCAUGAAGUCAAGCGCAUUUUAAGGCAUAGGCACUUGCCAAAACCAAUUUUCAAGGCGUGGAACCUCAUACAAACCAUGGGUGAAGCAGAGAGAAGGAAGCAAGCGAGACGAAAAGCCCACAGUGCGCCUGGAAGCAUUGUCACUGAGCGAAUACGUAAAAGAAGGAUCAUCAAAGAAGUUGAGUGAGUUGUGCACGAGCACAGCUUCUGCCACAAAGGUGUUGUGUAUUUCUGCAAUUGUCAGCUUGGAACAUCUAUGGACAGUUUCCUCGGCAGCUCUUUCACUGUACCUGCUGACUAUUCCCCGAGCACAACUGGCACCCUCCAAUAGAUGUUGAUUGAGUUGAGAAAGCAAAACCCUAUUCUUGUAACAGUUUUGACGAGUUCAAACAAGAUUCGUAAUUUCUUUCAUAUGGUACAUCAAUGGAUGAAGAGAAAGUGAACUAAAGUUUUGGCCACACAAGUUAUCCAAAAGAGCUUUAAAAUUUUCUCAGAUGGGUUGCAAACUAAUGGUUACAUAAAUGAUAUAUUUAUAA